AUGCCCACCAGAUUGAGCAACACCCGCAAGCACCGCGGUCACGUUUCCGCCGGUCACGGACGUGUCGGAAAGCACAGGAAGCAUCCCGGUGGUCGUGGUAUGGCCGGUGGUCAGCACCACCACAGGACCAACAUCGACAAGUACCAUCCUGGUUACUUCGGAAAGGUUGGUAUGAGGUACUUCCACAAGCAGCAGAACCACUUCUGGAAGCCCGUCAUCAACCUCGACAAGCUGUGGUCCCUCGUCCCCGCUGAGAAGCGUGAGGAGUACCUCGCCAAGAAGUCGGACAAGGCUCCCGUCCUCGACCUCCUCUCCUUCGGCUACUCCAAGGUCCUCGGCAAGGGCCGCCUCCCCGAGGUCCCCAUCAUCGUCCGCGCCCGCUACUUCUCCGCCGAGGCCGAGAAGAAGAUCAAGGAGGCCGGCGGUGUUGUCCAGCUCGUCGCAUAA